AUGAGGUCGGAGGAGGAGGAAGGAGCACGAAGCUGUUCCCUGUUCCCGACAUCUGACAUCCUGGGUCAUCUGCUGGGCGUUAAGGAAGGAGGAGCUGAAAGCAGCGAGCUGAGUGACCCGGGCUUCCAAGAGGAAGAGACAGUCAGCGCAGCGCAGGAGCAGAAAUCCAGGAAGGAGGGAGAGAGACCAGAGGAAGGAGGAGGCUCCUCCUCCGCCCGCGUCCCCCAGGUCCCCAAGUAUGACACGUGGUCCUCGCGUGCCCGGCCCGGCCCUUGUCUGAGCGCCUUCGGGCGCCGGGUCUCCACGGGCCACGUCGCCGCCACCUGCUGCUGCAGCCCUAGCAAGGGGAAGGUGCAUCUCCGCGGCGCCCCCCUCCCCAUCCGCCCCAGCUCGUCGCGCGCGUCAGCAUGGGCUCCCCGGAGCGAGUCGCUAAGUAACGGGGGCUGGCUCCGCAGACCCCGGGCCGGGGAAACCCGAGCGCGCGUCGUCAGCAGCGGCGCCGCGGGGCGGGGACGGGGGCGCACGGGCCCUCCCCCAUCCGGGCCUGCGGACCGGGGCUGGCACGCCGCCCGCCUCCCCGGCUCCCUUAAACCCGCGCGGCCGGUCGCCGCCGAGGUGCCCCUCCCCUGCAGGGACCUCGACGCCGCCAGCCCUUCCCUCCUUCCCAGCCGGUGCGCACAGUUCCGCGCGCGGCAGAUUGGGCACCCCGCGGCCGCGAUCGCCGUCGUCGCCGGUCCUCCUGCCGAGCCCCGCGCGGGGCAUGAGGAGCCCCGGGGCGCCGCCCGGAGACAACCCGGCUGCGCGCACACCUCGCCAGCGGCGGACGGGGACAUGAGCCGCGCGCACGGGGUCCGGCGCCGGGCGGCCAGCCCCAGCAGGCGGCGGCCAGCGGAUCGGCCGUGCCCGGGAGAAUGAGGCGGGAGCCGGCGGCCGCCUCCUGGUUCUCCACCUCGUCUUCCUCUUCCUCCUCCUCCUCUUCGCCUUCCUUCGGCUUGGGCGCCCCGGGCUCCGGCCGGGCUGUGGCUCUGCUGCGUGCCCCGCGCGCCCCCCCGCCCGCCUCCGGAUGCGCUGCUCGAUUAGUCUGGGGCGGAAGAUAAAGACAUUUGCCACCAAGAUGGUAAUCACGAGUGGAAAUGACGAAGACAGAGGAGGCCAGGAGAAAGAGAGUAAAGAAGAGAGUGUCUUGGCGAUGCUGGGGAUUAUUGGGACCAUUCUGAAUCUGAUCGUCAUCAUAUUUGUAUACAUCUACACCACUCUGUGAAUGGCCCAGUGGGUCCUCAGGCCUCGGGAUGGCCAAAAGACAGGAGGAGUCCUGUGUGUUGGCAGAUCGGUGACCGGACACUGCGCCAACAAGCAGCCUUGACCGACACAUACCGCCCAAUCAGAUGCACCUUCGAACUUGAUAAAGGGUCACCAAAAUCAACCAAUCCUGCUGCAAGGAGCAGACACUAAAGCACAAUGAAUCCACCAAAACUCAUUCACACAGCAAGGAACUCAACAUCGUUGGCAGGGGACCCGAAAGGACGCUUGGAAAACCACCCUUUGACACCACCAGGGAGUGGAUGGGUGCAAAGAUGGGUUAUCCCAGGUCACUAACGGAUGUCACGUGUUCAAAAAGAGGAACAGGGGUGGACGCAGCUCACGGCAGACACAGCUCUCAGCCUGUCUCCCAGGACACAUAUUUCCUCCUAGCUCAAUGAACUGUUUGGUACCAAAAAACCACAGGGACAAUCUUUGACAAGCAUCCCAUUCAUCAAAAGUGUCUAACUAUUUGAUACUGGGGAGAUAACUUAUUUUUUCUUUUUUUCAUUGGCUUGAUGUGUGUAUCUGUUCAUAUCAAGGUUUAUAAAUAUAUAUUUUUAAUAAAUGUGCUCUAUUUUUUAGCAUGAACCGAAUAUUUGGAGAAGCGCUCCUGGAUCCAUACAGCUUUCCUUGGUUUUACCUGCUGUAUCUGCCUUAGACUGCAGCUGUUCUGUUGUGUAAUCGCUCUAGUCCUCGUUCUCUCAUCUGGAAUCAUUUCCCUCUCAUGCUUUUCGACCUGGAGGACGUUUUCCCGUAAGACCAGCUGUGGUCUUGGUUGGUGCAUGUUUUAAGAUUGUCCACUGAGCGACUUUUUGUUGUUAUACUGGAGAUGUAAAACGGUCGUGGGCACGUGGACUGUGGAUGUACCGUAUCCUUACUGAGAAUUAUGCAUGAACAGGGCUGAGUGAUAUAGAUCAGCUUAAAAAAAUUUUUUUACAAGGAAUACCAUGGAGGAAGGGCGCGGCUACAUCUGUGGAUCAACUAUAGGAUGGAGUGUUCAGCUUCUCAUUGGCAGCAUUAUUUCAUUCUUGUGACCAUUUGUCGAUGAGAUUUGAUUCUAAUGGCCACAUGCCAUGAAAGAUGGGUGGGAAGGACAAGGCGGGGAAAGCUCAGCGUUAGGGGCAUAAUUCCCAUAGUGAGCCUCCUGGGAGCCUUUGCAAAGUAGGUGGGGGUGUAGAUGAUACUCGGACUCCCCUCCUGUAAGAGCUCACCUGGCUGUUUCAGGCUGAGAGCACACCCCUGCAACAAGUGACUUUUCAAGAGCGCUAGAAGGGGAUGCACCGGUCACCCUAAAAGAUUGCCACAUUUCUUCAAGCUCCUGGUUUACACCCACAUGAAGCUACUUCCUCCCUGGCAGGGGCAGUUGAAUCAGGAUGAAUGUGCCCUGUUCUCCUGCCUGCCUGAGAUGGGCCUUUCACUGGCUGCAGCAGCAUGGCCUUAUAGAGAGGGUAGUGUUCCUUCUGCCAGUGCCAGCCUUGCCUGUGGGCUAAAGGAGCAGCAGGCUGCCUAGGUGGAGUCGAAUGAUGUCCAGGAGGUCACCGCCAGGUCUCUCCCUCCUGAUGUCGUGGUGUCUGAAAUUUCACCCAUAGAGAGUCACUUCUUGGACUGUGUUAAAGACCAGGCUCUUUUUAAAGCAGAUGCCCCGAGCACCUGGCCCUCAUCAGGAGUCUUCUCUUCCCCACCAGGAGGAACGGAAGUCGAUGUGUGUUCAGGACAUACUGUGUGCUAGCCACCGUGCCAGACCCUGUAUUCCUACAGUCAUUGAAUGCUCACAGGAAAUGAGCUGGAGAGUCUCUGUCCCACAUCAUAGAGGAAGAAAGGGGAACUCAGAUGGGGAAACUUCCCCGAGGUCAGGUAGCUGGUAGUGGUGAGUCAGAACGCAAAUUCCCAGAGCUGUCUGAUUCCCUAGCCUGCUGAGGGGCAUCAAAUGCUGGGCAAAGAGGGAAUGGAGAGGCAGGGACUGGCCAGGAAAGGGCCCGCGGGACUGGAUGCACACCCAUGGUUUGCCGAGGGCCAGCUCUGCCCCCGCCCUCCUUCCCUCCUAAGAAUAAAUAACCCCUGGGAACCCCUUGCAUCCUGGCACAAUGCUGGCCACGUGAGGACUUGAGGAGGGAGGCCAGGAGGAGGCUGCUUAGAAAUAUAAUGGACUGUCGCGGGAGGGAGCCACCUCACGGGUUCCGUGUGGUUCUAGAAAGACUGUGAGACUUUUGAACAGUGAACAAAGUAAACAAUAAAGGUGCAAUGGAAAAAAAAAAAA